AUGCAGAUUUAUAAUGAUGGGAUUGAACUGGCAUGUCAGCAACAAAAGGAAUUUGUAAAGAAUUCUGUGGAAUGCAAAUGGAAUUUAGCAGAAGCCCAGCAGAAACUUGGCAGCUUAGCACUACACAAUUCUGAAUCCCUGGAUCAGGAACAUGCCAAAGCACAGGCUGAAGUUGCCGAAUUGCGGUGGAGGGAGGAAGAGUGGCGCCGCAAAGAAGAGGCAUUAAGGCAAAAAGAAAGACAGGAUCUGUGGAACACUGAUGUUUGCAGCAAGGAGGUAUUUAAUAAGAAAGGAGCUCUGAUGGAACAAGUAGCUCAUCAAGCAGUGGUGAUGCAGUUUAUUAUAGAAAUGGCCAAGAGCUGCAAUGUGGAUCCACGGGGAUGUUUUCGUCUUUUUUUCCAAAAAGCUAAAACAGGGGAAGAAGGCUAUUUGGACGCAUUUAAAAACGAACUGGAAGCAUUCAAAACAAGAGUGAGGAUUUGUUCCCAAUCACAGAAAUUUCAAGCAAUGCCUGUUCAGAAGCCCUUGUUUCACACUGAUAAUUCUAUAGGAGGACUUGCAUCUUUUCCACAGAAUGCAGAUUUACUUCAGGGUUGCAGCUUAAACUCAGUGGUACACAGAGAAGAGGAAGAACCUAAAAUGAUGGAUACAGUAUAG